AUGCUGACAGCAGAAAUCGUCGCCAUCUUGUCGGGGGUUCUAGCCCACCAGGUCGUGUUCAUCCACGGUGAAUGGCAUCUGAGAGGCGCCUCGGUGAUCGUGACACACUUAGCCCUAACCACGUGUCUGUACGUGGUGCGAGACCGUCCAGAGAUACUCGUCUUCUUGUAUCUGUCUUCUUUCUUCCUCAGCAUCUCCAUCUAUCGUCUUUUCUUCCACCGACUACGCCACUUCCCCGGCCCAAAACUGGCAGCACUGACCAAGUUAUGGCAUGUGUGGAAAUGCCGUGACUCGCGUGGCCAUCUGGUCGUGGACGAGUGGCACAAGACGUAUGGAACGUUUGUGCGAACGGGACCAAGCGAGAUCACCGUCUUCCACCCCGCCAUCUACGAGGCCAUGGACGGCACAGGGAACCAGAAUACCCGUUCAGACUGGUACGACCUACUGUAUCCGCGCAUUUCGUCCAUCUUCACGCGCGACAGGGCUUUCCAUCUGAAGCGGAGGCAGAUAUGGAACCACGCUUUGAGCAGUGCAGCACUAAGACAAUACCACCAACGAAUCCACACCAAAGUAUCAACCCUAACAGCACUUGUAGAAGAACAAGACACACACCCCAUCUUGAUCAACAACAUCAUGUACUGGUUUGCCUUCGACUCGAUGGGAGACUUCGCCUUCAGCGAGGACUUCGGCAUGCUGAAGAACCAAGAGUGGCACCGCGUGAUCUACCUGUUCCGGUCUGCGCUGGCGCUGUUGGGUCCGUUCAGUCCGGCGAUUUGGAUUCCGCGGUUGGGAUUUUCGAUUAUGCCGGGGAUGUGGAGGUUGAGGCUGUGGUUUGAGAUGUUGGAGUUUUGUGAUGCUUGUAUGGAGAGGCGGAUGAAGAGGACUUUAGAAGAUCGAGAUAUCGCGUCGUGGUUUAUCCAAGACCACGAGAGCCACAGUGACGACGGGAGUAGAAAGAACUGGCUGAGCGGGGAUACAGCUACGCUGGUUGUGGCGGGGAGCGACACCACCGCUCCAACCCUCACCCACCUCUUCUACUUCCUCGCGCGAUACCCCUCCCACGCAGAGCAAAUCUCUCAAGAGCUCGGGACCGUCGAUGACCAUGAUCCAGUGGCAUUGUCCAAGCUGCCGCAUCUGAACGGGGUCAUCAACGAGACCAUGCGUCUCUUACCAGCUAUCUUGACAUUUGGCACGCGCGACACACCGCCGGAAGGGCUUUGGGUUGAGGGAACGUAUAUUCCAGGGUGUGUUAAGAUUUGCGCGCCGAGAUAUACGGUAGGACGGUUGGAUUCUGCCUACGCUCAACCUCACGACUUCAUCCCCGAAAGAUGGUACAGUCAACCAGAUCUGAUCAAAGACAGACGGGCAUUUGCGCCAUUUGGAUUGGGCAACACUAGCUGCGUCGGCAAGAACCUCGCUCUGGCACAGAUUCGCCUCGUCACGGCGGCGCUGGUCUCGCGAUAUAAGAUACGGUUUGCGCCAGGGACCGAGGGUGGAGAGUGUGUUGAGAGAGAUAUGCGUGAUCAGCUUACAGCACGGCCGGGAGAGUGUUGGAUUGUGUUUGAGAGGAGGUAG